AUGUCGUUUCUUCUCGAUCGUUUUCCAGCUGAACUUGUCCAUUGUGUUUUCAAAUAUUUUUGGGCUCAUGAAAUUCUUUAUUCAUUCGGUAAUAUAACUUGUUAUAUGAAUAAUAUUCUAAUCAAUUAUUCAAAUUAUAUGAUUAACUUUCAAUCGAUUCGAAAACGUGAUUUUGAUCUAAUUUGUCGCUAUCUUCGACCAAAACAAGUGGUUUCAUUAAUUUUAUGUGAAGAUGAAGACACACCAGAUCUUCUAAAAUUAUUCUUCUCUUUAUUUUCUAUGGAUGAAUUUAUCAAUUUACGUGGAUUAAAACUUAUUCAUUUAAAAGAAGAAAAUGAAUCAUUAUGUUUGGUUUUACCUAAACUUUCCAAACUUGUUUUUCUUCAAGUUGAUAUGAAUAUUCAUCUUCAUUUCAUUUUAACUCCAUCAUCAUUAAAACAAUUAAUUAUAAAUACACCUGAAAAUGUCCAAUUAAAUAUCGAUCCAUUUAUUACACAUAUUCAAUAUGAACAUAUACAUUCAUUAUCAUUAUCAACUUGUUCAGCGGAAAUGUUACGAAAAAUUCUUCGUCAAGGAGUUCAAUUGAAAAAAUUGAAAAUAAUCUUUACAUUACAUAAUCAAGAUGAAUUUGACGAAUUUGCUCAAAUUCACCAAGAGCAAAAAAUGAUGUAUCCUCUUCUUUCACUGUCGUUUUCUCUGAAUGGAUGCGGUCGUACCAUAAAACGUGUUCAUGUCGAACAUUUUCUUCUUCCAUUUCGCUGCUUACGAAAUUUAGAAAUGAUUUUUCCAUUCAGUGUUCAAAGUCAAAUUUACGAAGCAAAUCGAUGGGAAGAAUUUCUUCCUAAACAUUUACCAAAUUUAUCGACAUUUAAUUUUUCUUUCGGAUGUCAUCAUUUCGAGGAAAGUCUUAUUGAUCAAUAUCGUCAUUCAUUUUGGCUCGAUAAACAUUGGUAUGUAGCUUGUGAUCCUUUCUAUUCCUCGUUUUUUACGGUACCUCAUUUUCUCCCAACAUCAUGGCAUUGUUCAUCUCUUCGAAUUUCAUCCAAAUUAACAACAUUACCUCUUGAACAACAUUAUCUUGCUUUCGAUCGAGUGACAAAGUUGACAUAUGAUUCGAAUCAAUGCAAAGAAUCUUCGAAAUUUAAAUUUAUUGAAAAACUAUUUCUUGAAAUUCCAUAUGUCGAAGAGAAUAUUUUCAAUUUCUCAAAAGUACGAACAUUAGUCGUUCGCGCUCCACAAUGGUCAUUUAGAAAAUUAACAUUAUUGAUUAAACAAUCGAUGCCUUCGGUGAUUUAUUUAACUCUCAAUUGUACUUAUCAAGAUGUUCCCAAUGUUUCAUUAGAACAAAUUCGAACAUUACAUUUGACGCAAUUCGGUCGUGUGCAAAAUUAUCAUUUAUUUCCAUGGAAUAAAGUUUUUCCAUGUAUUGAACGGUUAUUUGUUGUCAUUAAUUCAAAAAAGCAAAUUCCCAUUUUAAUUGAUCAUUUCAAAACUAUGGUUUGUGGCCAUUUUAGCAUUGAUAUGGCUUUUAUAGGUCGAAAUAAAUCGAUUCAAAUGUCAUUAGAAUGGUUAAUUAAACAUACGAAUCGUUUACGAAAUGAUACAAACAAGAAUUUUAUAUGUGAAAUUAAUCAUCAAUACUACUUUUCAGUCGACAUUUGGAUUGGUGAAACGAACAACGAUUGA